UUUUUUUAACAGCAAAAACAUAUGUGAGAAAGGCUGAACUUUAUGGAAGCAAGUCUCUCUUCAACUAUGUAACUGUGUAAGUUAGGUCAGUCUGUCAUUCUUACAAAGUUGAUUAUAGAGAAGCAUUGGGUAACAUGGGUUGGACAUUUAGAUCACGGGAUGUAUUUAGAAAAAAAACAAACUGUACUUUUAAUGGAUUAAAAAAAUAAUCUGUCUUGAAGCAACAUUCAACCUGGUUGUAAACUCUGUAUAUACAUUUAUUAUUGGCAUUUUAUAUAGUUCCAACCGAACGGAAGUGCUGUGCACUAUUAAGUGUAAUCUACCAAUAAAUGAGACAAACUGUUGAAAGAUUUUACAAGAACAAUAUGUUGAGAAGCCCUGUUCAAAGAACCGUUUAUUAAAAUGCAGCAGAUUGUGUGUAGUUUCUAUUGGCUGAGACUAACCCUUUAUCAGUGGGCCGGGCCAUGCUCGUUGGGUUAAUAAUUGUUCAGUUUCUCCUGCCCGGUUGUUCUACGCUACAUCUCCUAUUUGCAAGCACCAUGUUCCUUACAGCUGCUGUCCUCCUGUCCCUGCUUCACCCAGGCUUGGCACAGAAAUCGGAACCACUGAGCAACCCUAAAUCAGAGCCACUCUUCCGUGGCUCUGAUCGAUACGACUUUGCCAUCCUUGUCCCACCAUCAGGCUCGGAGUGUUUCUGGCAUUUUGCGCAUCAGAAUGGAUUCUUCUACUUUGGAUUUGAGGUGAGUCCCCAAGAAAUGGCAUUUUUCUAACUUUGCUACAAUCGUGUUCCUUGCGCAUCUCAUCACUGCCAGCAAUGCGGUGCAAAUAGAACCCUAUAUGUACUUGAGUGUUUUCUGUAGCUACUGCAAAUAUUACUUCCAGAGGUUGAACUGUUAAAUCCCAGGCCAUGUAUAUUACCUGCAGUAAUACAUGUAAUCAACAGACAAAACAUUUCAGAAAGCCACUUAUGCUAUGUGUCUUUAACAAGCUUACUGUACUUGGUGGCAGUCCCCCGCCCCCCCCCCAGGGUUUUCUGUGGAUAAACUGUAGCCAAAUAACGGAUGGUAGCAUUCUCCAGUAUUCUCUGCAGAUCAGAAGUUAAAUGUGGCCAUAUGUUGUUGUAGUGUGUCCAAAUCAAACACACCGUGUUCUUGAACUUCAACUCCCAUGAUGCUUGGCCAGCAUAGUUAUAUUUUUUUUCUUGGCUCUAUUGACACACAGUCCACAUGUGAGACAUUAGACUGAUCUGGAUCGUUGGUCUGUCCAUUCAGUCCAGGUCACUGUAACUCAGACUAAUCUUGUGCUGAUGCAAUAACCCUAAAUCUAACAUCUGGUCCCGGACAGACUUUCUCAGGAGUGCCUUAUCUCUCAUCCUGCAAGGUGACCCUGCCAGUCUCUUUAUCAGAGCCUCGUCACCUCCUGAAAUUACUAUUUACUAUUGUUGGCUUAAUAAAUACAGAUUUUGUCUCUUUAAUUGGUAAAGGUGUUUUUUCUCCCCACAAGUUCAAUAAUUGCAAUGGGCUGCCCUCAGGCAUUUGUGCAACGUUCCAUAUGUUGGCUAGUUGUCCCUGUAACCCCUGACAUUUGGAAUCGAGAAUAACAUGAAGGUCACACGGGGUGAAUUGUUAGUGUAGGACUCGCUGAUGGGUGAGCUUGCACUUUAAGGGCCAUUGGGAUAGUGUGCAGGUUACAUAUUUGUAGAUUUGGGUUGAUGAAGACUGUAGCCGUGGUGGCUGUAUGAGUGCACAGCUUAUUGUUGCCUAAUCAAAAGCUUAAUUUUAUUAUGAUCAGGUUCAGUGGUCAUCGGGACUCAUGCAAGAUCGCCAUGUCACUGCUACGGCCCACACACCGGACGGAUUCCUGAUUGAGACGUCUGAAAAUGUACGGGGGCAGAUAAAUUUCCAAACCAAGGAGACCGGUAAGAUCAAACUUAGACAUUUUAACCGCAUGCGGUGGAAUGAACACCAGGGCGGUGACCAAUAUCGUAGAAUUUGUUCAAACCUUACUGAACGUUCUAAAACAGGCGGCAGAGCUUGCUGUGAGUUUUUGGCUAUCUGAUAUUUAGUACAUGUGCUUCCUCCCUCCACAGGUUUUUACCAGCUGUGUGUAAAUAACUGGCAGAAUCACUUCGGAUCGGUGCAGAUCUACCUGAACUUCGGCGUGUUCUAUGAUGGACAAGGAGACGAACAUCCUCAGGAUCACAAGCGGAAGUUAAAUGAUACUUUGUCCUCUAUUGAGGUAGGAGACAGUACAUGAAGCACACAUUGUCAGUGGUCGGUGACUACACACCAUCUUUAGGGAAUUAUGGUUAUUGCGAGCUGACUGCUUCUGCAGUAUAGCAAUUGGAUACAAUGUUUCCAAGGUGACUGCAGCACAGUUUUAGCACUUUAGUGUAGAACAGGGCAAAUGGUAGAUCACCAAAUGUUGUAGGACUACAACUGCCAUGGCGUUUUCCAAGCUUUUAGAUGGCAAAGUAUCAUGGAAAUGGCAGUUCUAUGACAUCUGGGAAUCUGUUUGCCUACCUUCCUAGUCCAGACACCUGUUUGUCACAUAAGUCUAAUUUAUUGUGAACAUAGAAGGCUAAUUGUGUAGAGCAGAAUAUGGUUUUACUGAUCUGUUCCCAUGGCCAAAAAGACCUUUAAAACACUUAUUAUGCCACUAUUGAAAUAUAUUCUUCUGUUCCUAUAAUCUAAAAGUUUAGCUAGCAUGUACCAUACCAUCUUACAAUGGAAUUUGGAUAUAGCCUUAUAGGUUGUGACUCCCAUUCUAGGAGAUAAAUACUUUACCUUGUGCCUACCCACUGCCUUGCAUUUUUCUCUUUUGUUAAACUUUCCUGUUGGUGUAGACCUCCUCGUACUCACAAACCUUUGUUUCCCACAGGAGAGCGCCCAGAUUGUACAAGGCCGUGUGCUCCACAUGUGGAGAUAUUAUAACUUUGCCAGGAUGAGAAGAGGCUCAGAUUACUAUAUCCUGAUGUCCAAUUAUCACUACGUGAACUGGUGGUCUGCUGCCACAAGUCUGCUCAUAGUGACCUCAGGUGUUCUACAGCUCUACUUCCUGAAGCGUCUUUUCCACGUUAAGCCGACCACAGAUACCCAUAAGCCGAGAUGCUGAGUGGGAUGUGAGGUUCAUUGUACGGGAGUCUUCCUAAACCACUUCCAUUCCAAUUAACACAGGCUAAAACCACUAGCGAUAAACAUACGUUCUCAGAGUCUAACUGUUCUGUGACUUUAGAAUCUGAUUAUCUGUGCAUGUUACCAGCACCGUGUUUAUAUACACAUAAAUGUAGGUCUCGAUGGUGGAAUAUGUGCAUGGGCCAAGGUCCAUAUUUUUUGUCUUUUGUAUAAAAAAAAAAAACAUUAAAAUCACCACACCUCUAAUAACUUGUGCC